AUGUCUCAGUCAUACCCAACACAGACCCUUGCCCGACUGAUCGGACCGUCCCUCGUAGUGAUGGCACUAGCUGAGGGAAUACACGUUGAUAUCUGGUCCAACAAUACACCUCCGGUCGUCUUUUUCAACGGAAACGUCCUAUUCGUUGCGGGCUUGGCCAUCGUUCAGGCACACAACUACUGGGCUCUGCGGCCCCCAGUCCUGGUCACCCUGAUCGGAUGGAGCUCGUUAAGCCUUGGCCUUUCACGCAUGCUCUUCCCACACCAGAAGCCUUAUAUUCUUGCGAACAGCCCAUGGCAGACCGUUCUCCGGAUUGGGGCCCUGUGUUUGGUUGGCUCAUCUGUCGCUGCCAUCGGACUAUUAUCCGGAGCAACUGGAUAG